ACCGCGCAUGCGCUAGAAUUCUCACAAACUGGGAUCACAGCGAGCGACUUCCCUUUCCUGUAGGAGUCUCCUAGUGGCAUCCCAUAACGUUGACUCGUAAUUCAACCGCAACGUUAAAAUGUCAGGAGGUCUGGACGUGUUGGCCCUCAAGGAGGACGACGUGACGAAAAUGUUGGCCGCCGGCACCCACUUGGGUGCCGAAAACGUCAACUUUCAGAUGGAGCAGUAUGUCUACAAAAAGAGAGUCGAUGGCGCUGGUGUAAACGUCAUCAAUCUCCGACACACCUGGGAGAAGCUGCUGCUCGCAGCUCGCGCCAUCGUCGCCAUUGAGCACCCCAGCGAGGUCUUCGUCAUCAGCUGCCGCCACUCGGGCCAGAGAGCCGUGCUGAAGUUUGCGGCUCACACCGGCGCCACCCCCAUCGCCGGGCGCUUCACCCCGGGUGCGUUCACCAAUCAGAUCCAGGCCGCGUUCCGUGAACCGCGCUUGCUGAUCGUCACGGACCCGUCCACCGACCAUCAGCCCAUCACCGAGGCGAGCUACGUGAAUAUUCCAGUUAUCGCAUUCUGCAACACCGACUCGCCGCUGCGCUUCGUGGACAUAGCCAUUCCGUGCAACACCAAGAGUCUGCACACAGUCGGCUUGAUGUGGUGGCUGCUCGCCAGGGAGGUGCUGCGCCUGAGGGGAUCUAUCCCGCGCGAGACCAAGUGGGACGUGGUGGUCGAUCUCUUCUUCUACCGAGAUCCCGAAGAGGCGGAGAAGGAGGAACAGGCCGCGAAGGAGAUCGCGCCGGUGGUGAAGGAGUUCACGGGUCCGGUGGAGACCGCUCCUGCUCCGGAACCCGGCUGGGUGAACGAGGUCGAGCCGGCGGCUGCCGUGACCACCGAGAACUGGGCCGAUGACGUAGCACCGCCGGCAGCAGCUCCUGUUCCUGCUGCACCCACCGCCCCCGCGCCGGCGUUCCAAGCCAGCGGUGAUUGGGCUGCCCAGCCCCCAGAGGAGUGGACGACACCAGUGGCAGCUCCCGCCACGCAAAGCUGGGGAGGUGCGAGCAGCGAGAAGUGGUAAUCUUGUUGCUUACCGAUAUCUCGAGGACAACAUACACUUUGUACAAUGUAACAAAACCCUUUGAGACAAA